AUGAUUCUCACUUGCUUGGAUCUCACCAACACACCCCCGCCCUUGUUCCAUGUCGUGGAACUGUCGGUACAUUCGGACAUGUUCCUGUGGACAGGGAAGGAUAACGGGGUCAAGGCUAUGCCUAGCACAGGGUCCCUUACCCAUGGUCGACACGUCGUUUGCAUUGAAGAUGGAACGAAUCAUGGCCGAUUGACACCGAACCUCACAAGAAUAUGGGCACUGCUGUGCUUGAUUGAUUUACCGUUGCGCCAAUACGUGAAAAGCUUUGGAUAG